GGCGUUCAGGGCCUGACGGUUGCUAGGGUGACAGGGACACAACAUGGCGGCCGGAUGCUAACGCUCUCCUUCGAGGGACCACCACGGAGAUCCUAGUGCGGGACCCCGCCUCAGGGAAGUGGAAAGCAGGGGGACACCCUUCGUGCGUUUUUCUUUUCCGUCCAGUGUCGGCAAGGGGUUAUCGCCAGCUUCCGCAUCCAAGAUGAAGAACUAUAAAGCAAUUGGCAAAAUAGGAGAGGGAACGUUUUCUGAAGUUAUGAAGAUGCAAAACCUGAGAGAUGGAAACUACUAUGCAUGUAAACAAAUGAAGCAGCGCUUUGAAAGUCUAGGGAAUUGGAAUUCUGAGAGAACAAGUUCCCCACCCGGCCCAUUGCUACCUACACGUCGUGGAGCCCAGUCUGAGUCCAGUAUUGAGCAAGUCAACAACCUACGAGAGAUCCAAGCACUGAGGCGCCUGAAUCCGCACCCAAACAUUCUUACGUUGCAUGAAGUGGUUUUUGACAGAAAAUCUGGUUCUCUUGCACUAAUAUGUGAACUUAUGGACAUGAAUAUUUAUGAGCUAAUAAGAGGGAGAAGAUACCCAUUAUCAGAAAAAAAAAUUAUGCACUAUAUGUACCAGUUAUGUAAGUCCCUUGAUCACAUUCACAGAAAUGGAAUAUUUCACAGAGAUGUAAAACCAGAAAAUAUACUAAUAAAGCAGGAUGUCCUGAAAUUAGGGGACUUUGGCUCCUGCCGGAGUGUCUAUUCCAAGCAGCCAUACACGGAAUACAUCUCCACCCGCUGGUACCGGGCCCCAGAGUGUCUCCUCACCGAUGGGUUCUACACGUACAAGAUGGACCUGUGGAGCGCCGGCUGCGUGUUCUACGAGAUCGCCAGUCUGCAGCCCCUCUUCCCUGGAGUAAAUGAACUGGACCAAAUCUCAAAAAUCCACGAUGUCAUCGGCACACCUGCUCAGAAGACCCUCACCAAGUUCAAACAGUCGAGCGCUAUGAAUUUUGAUUUUCCUUUUAAAAGGGGAUCAGGAAUACCUCUACUGACAACCAAUUUGUCCCCACAAUGCCUCUCCCUCCUGCGCGCACUGGUGGCCUAUGACCCCGAUGAGAGAAUCGCCGCCCACCAGGCCCUGCAGCACCCCUACUUCCAAGAACAGAGGAAAACAGAGAAGCGGGCUCUGGGCAGCCACAGAAAAGCUUGCUUUCCGGAGCACCCUGUGGCACCGGAACCACUCAGUACCAGCUGCCAGAUUUCAAAGGAGGGCAGAAAGCAGAAACAGUCCCUAAAGCAAGAGGAGGACCAUCCCAAGAGACAAGGACCGGCCUACGUCAUGGAACUGCCCAAACUAAAGCUUUCGGGAGUGGCCAAACUGUCGUCUUACUCCAGCCCCACGCUGCAGUCCGCGCUUGAAUCUGGGACAAAUGGAAGAGCGCCGGUGCUGAGACCCUUGAAGUGCAUCCCUGCGACCAAGAAGACAGAUCCGCGGAAGGACCUUAAGCCUGCCCCGCAGCAGUGUCGCCUGCCCACCAUAGUGCGGAAAGGCGGAAGAUACUGAGCAGCACAGUCGUCUCGACUUCCGGAGGCAACACCAGGCCCAAUCGGGCCAGGCCUGGGCGAUCUGCCGUUGAGACGCCACGGAGGGCUGGGGACGCACCUGCGUCCGUUUCGCGCUGGCUGGGGCUCUGGGUGCUGCCCUGCGCCCCACCGCACCCGCGGCCCGCGCAGCUGCCCAGGAUGUUCUGGGCUAAUACAUUUGUAAAACCACAUUCUAGGGUUUUCUUUCAUUUUCAUUAAGAAUUUGAGGCAGGGAAUAUUUUGUAACUUUGUAUAUGAAUCAAAACAAGCAGGCAUUUCUGUGAUCAGUUGGGCGUGGUUGGAAGGUGGGCCCUGCGUGUCCCCUCCCAGCGCUUUUCUGGCGCUGCUGGUCAGUCGUGGAGCGCACCACCUCUUACCAGUGACGCUACUGGACACCCCGACUUUUAUUAAAGAAUAAGCUGUCGUUACAGUAUUGCAUUUUA